AUGUGUCGUGCUAUAUUUGCGUUUGCGAUUUUGGUAUUAAUUUAUGUCUGCGAUGCGAGUAAAUUAAGGAUAAUAAAUGGGGAUUUUGUGAAUUCCAUUGAAGACUAUCCCUUCCAAGCAUCUUUUAGAUACAACUCGAAACACAUUUGUGGGGGAUCCGUCAUAAGCAAACGUUAUAUUUUGACCGCAGCCCAUUGUAUACGUUUUUAUGAUGGCACUCGAAGACCAGAAAAGUUAAGCUCGGUGCGAGUAGGAUCACUUUCUCAGUUAUCUGGUGGUAAAGUUUACAAAGUUGAAGAGUUUAAAAUCAAUCCUUUAUGGAUGAAAUUGACAUCAAGAAUUCCUGCUUACGGAGAUAUGGCAUUGAUCAAAUUAAAAAAAGACAUAGUAUUUAGUAAAAAGGUUCAACCAAUUAAAUUACCUACUGGGAAAAAUUACUCGCUUCCAGACGGAUCUACCGUUACCCUCUUGGGUUGGGGUAUCACAGAAGACGGUGAGGAAUCAGACUUUUUACGAUCUACAAAAAUGCAAGUUCACAAUGUUCAAGAAUGUAUGAAGGAAUAUAGAGAAUUUCUGAGUGGAUCUAAGGACGAGAAAGUUAGGGAAACGCGCUUCCCUCACAUCAGAACGAUCUGCUUGGAAGGCGAGGGCGAUUUUUGUCAUGCCGACUCUGGAGGACCAGUGGUUGAUGAAAAUAAUGUCCAAGUUGGCAUCAUUAGUUUUAAUAUAAAUUGUGGCUCUAGAUCACCGGUACCGAGCGCUGCCACGGAUGUAAGAAAAUGGUUAUGGUGGAUAAAUCAAGAAUUAUCAAAAAAAAUCUAAUGUCAAGUAAUAACUAUAGAGCUUAAUAUUUAUCUUUAUCGAGGCGCAUGUACUCGCGUAAUCUUGAGACUACAAUGUCUACUACAGAAACUGCCUCUACCGCAUUUUUCACUAA